CUUAUGAUCAAACCAAUCAACAUCCAAAGACACUUACCUACAAUCAAAUCAUUCUUUAACCCACCAAAGACUAAUAUGGGACAACUCACAUAUGCUUUCCAAAUCACUGUGAUAUCAACCAUACUAAUUAUAAUUAUGGGUACACUAAACUUGGUUAAGGGUCAAAUUACUACACCAUGCACAAGAUCAAUGAUAACCAAUUUCACAGCAUGUGCAAACUUCAUCACAGGAAGUUCAAGUAAUGGAUUAGCACCAUCAUCUUCAUGUUGUGAUUCACUAAGGUCUUUGAUGAGUAAUAGUAUAGAUUGUGCUUGCCUUGUGAUUUCAGCCAAUGCUCCAAUCCCAUUACCUAUUAACAGUGUUCUUGCCCUUUUUCUUCCACAAGCAUGCAACAUCAAUGAACUUCCUUUACAGUGCAAAGCUUCUGGCUCUCCUAUACCAGCUCCAGGUCCAGCAAUGCUUGGAUCAAAUGACCAAUCACUUCCUCCAAUAGCUGAAUCUCCACUAAGCCCACAAGCUUCUGAGGCACCCAAUUCUGAGACUUCACAACCAACAUUGGCAACACUAGAAGCAAAAUCAAAACCAUUGAAGAAGAAUAAGAACUCAAGAAAACUCCAGGAAUACAGUUACCAAUAAUGGAUUCCUGUUAUUAUUGUAUUGUUUUAUCUUGUUGGUCAUCUUUGGCAUUUGAAACUUGAAAGAAAUAAAAAGUAGUUGCAAUGUUUUAGCUUACCCUUAA